AUUUUCAAAUAAAUGCAAAAAAUGCUAAUCGCAUUGAAGCGUUUAACAAAAUUAUCAUAAUUAAGAAGGAAUUUUCAAAUUUUUGGCAACAAUUAGCAAAUAUGUUUAUUGAUUAUUUGAAAUCAAAUUUACCAUCACGAAAUCAUACAACUCCACAAUAUUACACAUGUUUUGGACGAGUACAUGUUCAAAUAGCUUUACAACUUAUUAUAAUUGUAACAUUUGCAUGGGAUAUAUUUCGAUGGAUCGAUUUCAUCGCCAAUCAAGGAGUAACAUUCGGAUGGAUAGAAAUUUUUGCGGAAAUUUGCAAUGCCUUAUUUGGGAUUUCAUUAAUUAUUGCUUAUUGCUUUAAAUCAGCAUCUUUCUUACUACCAUAUCUUUUUCUUCAGCUAUUUACUCUGGUAGCUUCAAUGAUUUUAUUUUGCGUAAGCAUUUUAACUGUAAUAUGGCCAAAAAAUUCUUGGGCAUCUAGCUUUCAUACUUAUCAAUCAACAAAAGCAUCCA